CCACUCCGGAUUUACAUAGUAAGUAUCAAUAAACCGAUAGGAAGUCCUCCGUCACAGCUACUAUCUAAGGGGAAGUCCCAAACUCACAAUCACUGCUAGAUUCUCUUCUAUUUACAGUAAGCAUUCAAGCUCAGCGGAGGCAAAGGGAUGGGUGGUGGAAGGGGUAGCAUGUUAAAGGUGGUUGGCAGGGCAGUUGCUCGUGCUGGUGCCACCAAUCUCCAAGAAACCAUUUCUUCCUCUUCUUCUUCCUCUGCUUGUGCCACUGCUACUUCACCUACUGCUAUUUCUAGGUCAACCCACUGGCUCAAUUCUUCCCAGAAUAAUCUUAGUUUGUCUUCUGCUUCUGGCUCCCCUUCUACUCCUACUUGCAAUCUUCCUGUAUCUGCUAAUGCUGGGGAACCUAACGCCUCUUAUUGGCCUUCCUUUGCUCCUCCUUCUGGUUCUUGUUGUGAUGAAUAUGAGUGGGUGUCUUUGGAUGGAAGUGAAGAUGAUAUUGCAAUUGCAGUUUCUGAUGAUUUUGUUCUAGGACCUGUUCCUUCCAUGGAUGAAGUUCAUGGCGCUGUCUCGGCCCUUACACAGGUAUUUGAUGCUGAUGGGAAGGAGUCCUCUACACAUCUGUGUAACUCAAGUAUGUUAUGCCCUUAUGGACCUGACAGAGUCUAUGAUGCUUUCCAUUUAUUGCAAACCGAGCCAUCAAUUCAGAGAAUGGUCAUCUCGUUGUCUUCUGAUAAAGCUGUUUGGGAUGCUGUUUUGAACAAUGAGGUAGUUCGGGAGCUGUGUGAGACCUACCGCGCAGAAGAAAAGAUUACUUCACCAGCCAUAGAAAGUUCAGAUGAGUCUGGCAUUGACUCCAAUCCUGCUUUGGGUGCUGCAAAGUGGAUAUUUGAAAACAUAAAAGCAAAAUUCAUGGAAGCAGUCGAGAAAAUAACGAAGCUGAUGAAUGGGUUGUUCAGAGCGUCUAAUAAUGAGAAGAAAACAACAGGAGCCGCAGAUCCAUUUGAGGAAAAGCUGAGAACAUCCUUCCUGCUGUCCGUGGUGGUCCUGCUAGUGGUGGUUGUGACUCGAGCCCAUAGGGCUUGACCUUAAUUUGUCGACAUAACAGGUGGUAUUCUUUCCACUGGGUUGUUCUACUCUGAGUCUUUCAGGCUAAGAUGUAGUUAUGAGUUAGCACCAAGUUUGUUUUAUGGCUGUGUAAUUACUUCAAGUCUUUUGUCUGUCAAAAUCUUCACUCUGGGUAGUCUUAAUUUAUGGCUAAUUGUUAUGUGAAAUAUUUUGGGAUUUGUAAAGUUAAACUAGAUACUCUCUAUGAAGCAGCUUCAAUUGGUUUUCCUGCCAGGCAUGAUCUUGGCAUGAGGACUUUGAACUUCAGAAAUAGGAGUAGGGAGAAUGUAAUAUACAUCGACCCUCUCUAAAGCUCAGGAAUGUGAGAUUGUUGCGUGUA